UUGUUCACCUUGCAAAUCCACCAUGGUCGCCUCGGGAUUCACAGACACACAUCGCUUGUUCCUCCAAGCAGCAAUGUCUCGCCGAAUUAUGACCGAAGUAGUUGCUUUGGACAUUUAUGCAAGAGUUUGUCAGGCUACAAAUGAUCGAUUCGAUCGGGAGCAAUUCUCUGACUUUGUAGAUCAGUUGAACACAGGACUUAAUAGUGUGGAGCUAGAGUUUCGCAAGGCACAGGAUGAAGUCACAGGAACACCUGUUAUUGCGCUUACAAAUACCAAUGGCCAAAAGAUUGCCCAAGUGGCAACAGGGUAUACUCCCACAGAGCUAGAGUACUUUAAGCACCUAUUGGAUGCAAUAGUGAUGGCUGACGACGAGACAUAUUGCAUCAGUGCUACAGCUGCAUUACAUGAAGCAGGACAUCUCAAGAACAAGGAAAAUAAAGUGCUGGUGUUGACAAAGCGAGAUGCGGAGGCUCUACUAGACAGAUUUGUUGCCGAUAAGUGGUUUAUCAAGUCGGCUGCAGGUGCAUAUUCUCUGUCGAUGAGAUCACUACUUGAACUUCAGACAUACCUCAAAGAAACAUAUGGAGAACAGAUCCAGGAAUGUACAUUAUGCAUGGAGAUUAUCACAAAAGGUCAACGUUGUUCAGUUGCUGCGUGCUCUUCCAGAUUGCAUCAACAUUGUGCAUCCACAUACUUUAGGAACAUGAAUAAUCCAGUCUGCCCAACGUGUCACAGUGCGUGGUCAGGAAAAGUCUUAAUUGGACUCUCCGAUAAGAUGUCAGCGCCAUCCAAGGUCCAGAGACGAGCGAGGAGGACGGCAAAUGGAGCUGCUGCAAUAGCUGGUGAUAAUGAGGAUGAAGAUAUAGAAAGAGAUGAAGAAUAAUGAAAGCCACUAUAAUAAUAUUCAUCUG